GAGAUAGGAAAACAUGGCGGCGGAACACGAAGCGGUUAUGGAUUUGAGUUCGCCUUCAAAAGAUGAGCGUUCCAGUCCAGGAGGAGCGCGUGAUCCUGAGAAGACGACGAGGAGCUCCAGUUCUUCAGAUGACAGCGACAGCGAUGGAGACGAGCACAUGAGAAGGAGGGACGGUGAACGGCGUAGUCCUUCUCCAGAGAGAAGAAGAGACGACGCAGAUGAACAAGCGGAUCAAGACGCAUCACCGAGACGGUCGUCCAGGUCCAGCGGCUCAGACGGUAGCAGCAGCAGUGAGGAGGACAGUGACGAUGGUGUGAUGCACAAACUGAAGAGCAGCGUGGCACACAUCAGGCGUGAUGCUCAGGACGAGAGCAGCAGACCCAGACGCAGGAGUUCCUCUGCGGACAGGAAAGGCAGUGGAAGGUCGUAUUCCCGCUCUUGCUCCAGAUCUCCGUCUCCACAGAGACGCACAGACCGAGCCCGCAGGUCUCGAGAUCGCGAUGGAGACCGGCGUUCUGAUCGGCGCUCCAGCCGUGACCGAGAUGGAGCUCGAGAGAGGUUCAGGUCCAGAAGGGAAAGAUCUGCGUCUCCAUCACAGAGAGAGAAACCCCCUGCUGAUGAGCCUCCAGUUAAGAAGAGGAAGGAGGAGCUGGACCCCAUCCUCACCCGCACCGGAGGAGCGUACAUUCCCCCGGCCAAGCUGCGCAUGAUGCAGGCCCAAAUCACCGACAAGAGCAGUCUGGCGUACCAGAGGAUGAGCUGGGAAGCGCUGAAGAAGUCCAUCAACGGUCUCAUCAACAAAGUAAACGUGUCCAACAUCGGCAACAUCAUCCAGGAGCUGCUGCAGGAGAACAUCGUCCGCGGCAGAGGUCUGCUGGCGAGGUCCGUGCUUCAGGCUCAGGGAGCCUCUCCUAUCUUUACCCACGUCUACGCCGCUGUGGUGGCCAUCAUCAACUCCAAAUUCCCACAGAUCGGAGAGCUCAUCCUCAAGAGGCUCAUCCUCAACUUCCGCAAAGGCUACAGACGAAACGACAAACAACAAUGUCUCACAGCCUCUAAGUUUGUGGCUCACCUCAUCAAUCAGAAUGUGGCUCAUGAAGUGCUGUGUUUGGAGAUGCUGACUCUGCUCUUGGAGCGUCCCACUGAUGACAGCGUGGAGGUGUCCAUCAGCUUCCUGAAGGAGUGUGGCCUGAAACUCUCAGAGGUUUCCCCCCGGGGCAUUAAUGCCAUCUUUGAGCGCUUGAGGAACAUCCUACACGAGUCAGAGGUCGAUAAGCGUGUGCAGUACAUGAUUGAGGUGAUGUUUGCCAUCAGGAAGGAUGGCUUUAAGGACCAUCCCAUAAUUCCAGAAGGCCUGGACCUGGUGGAGGAAGAGGACCAGUUCACUCACAUGCUUCCUCUGGAGGAUGACUACAACACAGAGGACGUGCUCAAUGUCUUCAAGAUGGAUCCUGACUUCGUGGAGAAUGAAGAGAAGUACAAGGCGAUUAAGAAGGAAAUUCUGGACGAGGGCAGCAGCGACUCGGACAACGAUGCAGAAGGCAGCGACGAAGAGGAGGCCGAGGAGGAAGACGAAGAUGCAGAAGCCGGAGAAGACAAAGUCACCAUUUUCGACAAGACGGAGGUGAACCUGGUAUCGUUUCGCCGCACCAUUUAUCUGGCCAUUCAGUCAAGCUUGGACUUUGAGGAAUGCGCUCACAAGCUGAUCAAGAUGGAUUUCCCGGAGAGCCAGACGAAGGAGCUGUGUAACAUGAUCCUGGACUGCUGCGCCCAGCAGAGAACCUACGAGAAGUUCUUUGGUCUUCUGGCUGGGAGGUUCUGCUUGUUGAAGAAGGACUACAUGGAGAGCUUCGAGGCCAUCUUCCAGGAGCAGUACGACACCAUUCACAGGCUGGAGACCAACAAGCUGCGCAACGUGGCUAGAAUGUUCGCGCACCUCCUCUAUACAGACUCCGUCCCGUGGAGCGUUCUAGAGUGCAUGCGAAUGAGCGAGGAGACGACAACGUCCUCCAGUCGUAUUUUCGUCAAGAUCCUCUUCCAGGAGCUGUGCGCUUACAUGGGGCUUCCGAAGCUCAACGAGAGACUCAAGGACACGACCCUGCAGCCGUUCUUUGAAGGCCUGUUCCCUCGCGACAACCCGAGGAACACGAGAUUCGCCAUCAAUUUCUUCACCUCCAUCGGCCUGGGCGGACUCACAGAUGAGUUAAGAGAGCAUCUGAAGAAUGCCCCUAAGAUGAUCAUGACCCAGAACCAGGAUGUCGAGUCAUCUGACUCUGACUCCUCCUCCUCCUCGUCCUCAUCAUCAGAUUCCUCAUCCUCGGGCAGUGACAGCAGUGACUCGGAUUCCUCCAGUGACUCAGACUCCAGCAGUUCCGGAUCUUCAGGAAAGCCAUACCGUGGUGAACGUGCAGCAAAAGUUGCUCUUAAUGUGCGAGACCGCGGGAGAAGGGUCUCGCCUGACGUACGAGGGAGAAGAGACUCCCCUGGUGUGAGAGAGCGCAGGCGAAAGGACUCUCCUGUUGCGCGAGAACGCUUGCGAAAGGACUCUCCUGUUGCGCGAGAACGCUUGCGAAAGGACUCUCCUGUUGCGCGAGAACGCUUGCGAAAGGACUCUCCUGUUGCGCGAGAACGCUUGCGAAAGGACUCUCCUGUUGCGCGAGAACGCUUGCGAAAGGAGUCUCCUGUUGCGCGAGAACGCUUGCGAAAGGAGUCUCCUGUUGCGCGAGAACGCUUGCGAAAGGAGUCUCCUGUUGCGCGAGAACGUUUGCGAAAGGACUCUCCUGUUGCGCGAGAACGCUUGCGAAAGGACUCUCCUGUUGCGCAAGAACGCUUGCGAAAGGACUCUCCUGUUGCGCAAGAACGCUUGCGAAAGGACUCUCCUGUUGCACGAGAACGCUUGCGAAAGGACUCUCCUGACCGGGGAGAACGCAAGGACCGGCAAUACAAAAACAGCAGAGAGACCGAGGACUCGCGCAAAAACAAGGACACCAAAAGUGACUCGCAGAGAGACCGAGAUUGCCGACGCAGCCGAGUGAAAGCGAGGUCAAAGUCAAAAUCGCCUGAGAGAAGCAGCAAGGAUGUUUCCUCCAAAGAUUCGUACAGGAACGGAGUGGAGCGGGAGGACAAGGAGAGCCGGUACAGAGGCUCCAGGAGGAGAGAGGACAGGAGUCUAGAGAGAUCACCAAGGCGACACAGAUAGCCCACGGCACGAGAAAAAUCAGAAUUAUUACGUCGCAACCUUAACUUUGGACCACGAAAUGCAGUGUCUCUUCGCAAAGUAGCAGUGCAUUGUGGGAAAUACGGAUGGUUUUAGAUUCCCACUGGACUGUAGAAAUGGGAGGAAAGUGUUUGUUUGUAACCUGGAGGACAUUUUGUAUUUUGAGUUCCCUAAAAAUGUUUUGUGUUUAUAUGACCAUUAAAAUAAUCAAUCAAAAGACUAGCUUCCGUCUUCAAUUUGAAACGUGCACUGGAUUCAUUAAUAUGUCGCGUCUCGCCAGCAACGUUUACACGAAGAGCAGAAUAAACAGCAAACGAUCACGUCUUUGCACACGUCCUUGCUGGGGUUUACCUAUAGGCUACGUAGCGAAGAACGGUUUUUUUUUUUUUUUUUUGACAAUAUCUGCAAAAUAUGAAACCAAUGUAAAGAUUUAUGAAUGAGCUAAACCUGCAACUUGGGUAACUUUUGGGGAGUUAGAUUCCACACUUAAAGGUUUCACUUUCCAUCGAAUGUGGGUAUAAACAUAAAUACGAGCGCACAAACCAUUCAGUGAGCCCUCGAUCCCUGCAGAUGGGGGCGGCGCCAUCCAGGAAAAGACCACAUCCACCAAGACGGAAACAUUUCAAUAAAGGAUAACGGGGAGUCAGUUUAUAUUGCACUGAUAUCUGAGGACUCGUCCAUCUAAAGGGUCACGUGGAGCCAAACCUUGCCGGUGAAAUAAAUAAAUGCCCCCUACAGUACAACAGAGCGGGCAGUUACAUUCUUAAUUGCUUCAUUUUAUAGCACUUUUUACAUGAUUGACAUGUUGAAGUGUCAAUCCUGUCCUUUUAUCAUUCGUCUGUUUGGAAUUUUUCUUAUUUAAAAAAAUAAAUAAAUAAAUCAUCCUGAACGAGACAGACUUUAUUCCAUAAUUGCAGAAGGUCGUAAUAUUCCAUUAAAUAUCGGUUUGUUUAUUCCCUUGCUUUGUGACAGGAAAUGUAACGUUCAGCCUGCCAGACAGCCCGUCUCUCCUUUUCUUAUUCAUUCUGUAAAGAAAACGACACACAAACCGACACUGUCGCUUCUAAUCUGACGAGCGCUGACGCUGAUGUGUCCUUUCUGCCCUCCAGGAGCUCGGAAAGAACACCGCUAUUCUUUAAUAAAGCCCUCGUUCACUUCUCGGAGGGUAAACGGUGAACGCCUAUCCUAGAAACGCGUCCUGCCUUUGUAGUCGGCUGUAGAUUGUCCUUUGUGAUCACGCAGCAGCCAAUCACCCGCUAGUUGGAGUGCUGGAUGUGGAUAAGAGAGCAGAGGCACUGUGGAUUGAUGGGUAGUCAGGUAAAUAGACUUCAUUGAACCAGUGGAAGUCGUUUUCAGUGUCUCUAUUUGGUUUCAGAGUUUGACAGUAAAUACAGCAGAUGAAAAGGUUCCUCUUUUUUUUUUUUUUUUCUUUUUCCUUUUUCCUUUUACGCCGUACCAGCGUCUGCCUCGUUUUUAGAGCUCCGACAAAAUUCAAAGAUAAAUUGAGGAGUAGACGCUCUUGAUGUCCAUGGAGAAAUUUGUGUGCAAUACGGAGUAUAAAGUGCAUAAAAUAAGUGUAACGUGUGCCAGCAGGAAAAUAAGAAUGAUCUCCUACUCGAGUCAUUCACUUAACGGAGGGAAUUAUGGAUAAAAAGACGUGAUUGAUCCUCCAUGGGGGAAAGGAGACAUAAACCUGUACACCGUAAACAACGUGUGCUGGAGCCAAUUGGAAAGGAUGGUGAGAUGGGAGAUCAGUGGAUAGUUGGAUGUAUGUGAGAGUGGGUGAUUUUUUUUUUUUUUGUUAUUAUUAUUUUUUAAAUGAUCAAUAUGAGAAUGAUGGGUAAAUUGGGAAUAGAUGGAUGGAGGAGUUGGUGAUGAAUAGAUGUAAUGCUGGAUAGAUGGAGGAAGGAAUAGGAAGAAAGAUUUCAGUUCGAUGGAUCAGAUGAAUCAGGAUGAUAAAUGGAUGGAAGGAGGAAUUAAUGGAAGAGUGGAUGAUGGUUUGAAGUAUGAGAAUGGGAGGAGGAUGGAUGGAAGAGUGGAUGAUGAAUGGAGGGAUGACCAGGAGAAUAGAUGGUAAGUAGAGGAGUUGUCAGAGGAUGAUAAAGAGAAGGAAGGACUGGUAGAAUCGACGGAUGAAUGGGAAUGUUUACGAUAAAUGAAUAGGUGGAUGGAACAGAUCACAAGAAAUUAAUAAAUGUAUUUAAGAGUUUACGAUAAAAUUAACUGAUGGAUGGAAGAGUUCGUGUUAAUUUAAUUGACGGAUAGAUGAGAGUUUAGGAUAAAUGAAUAGAUGGAUUGAAGAGG